GUGAUUUGAUUUGUUAUUGUCGCAGCAUCAUUGAUCUGAGUAUGGAAAUUUAAUAGUUAUUUAUUAAAAUAAUAAAAAGUAUAUAAUGGGUUGUGAUGGCGGUACUAUUCCACGCAGAGAUGAACUUGUUCGUCUGAAAAAGAAACCAGAACAGAAAGACAAAGAUGCUGAACGCUCAUUCAAAUGGCGCAAUUGCACUCUGUCACAGCAACCGCUGCAGGAACCAGUUGUUGCUUGUGGUCUUGGCAGGCUGUACAGCAAGAGCUCUGUGUUGGAAGCAUUGCUUGACAAGGAGAGUAAACCAGAAUCUAUCAGUCACAUAAAGAAUCUUAAGGAUAUCAAAGAUCUAAACCUGUUUAAGAACCCAGCAUAUAUCAAAACAGAGCACACUGAGGGUGCAGUAGGCGAGGGCAGUGCACCAUACAUCUGUCCCAUCAGUGGGCUUGAGAUGGCUGGCAAGUUCAGAUUUGUUUUUCUGUGGAGCUGUGGCUGUGCGCUCGCUGAGAGGGCCUUUAAGGAAGUUAGGCAAAACAUUUGCCAUAUGUGUCAAAAAUCUUUCACAGACAAUGACGUCAUUGUACUCAACGGAAACGAUGAAGACAUUGAACUGCUUAAGGAAAAAAUGACAGUCAGGGUCGCAAACAGGAAGACUAAGAAAACAAAAUCAGACAAAACAACAACCAAGACUAAAACUGAUACCACAGAGGAAACUCCUUCAACAUCUACCGAAGUUAAGAUAGAAAAAGAAGAUGAGAGUGUGAAUGGGGAAGAUAAGAUUAAAAAAGAGACAGAUGUACCGGCCAAUGAAAGUAAAGUGAAGACGGAAAUUGACACAAUACCUUUAUCUAUACCGAAAUUUAAUCCUAAUAAACAGACACGAGGCCACUUUGGUUCAUCAAAACGGGCGCAUCCAACUCAGUUAGCGCAGGACCCAUCUUACAAGAAAACUAAAAAGGAAUACAGUAUAGCGAAAGACCCUCAAAGCAGUGAGGUGUAUAAGUCAAUAUUUACUUCGCACAAGAAUGAGCAGGACCAACAGAGAGCCCAUUGGGUUACGUACAAUCCAUUUUAUAACUAACUACGACGCUUAUUUCUGCCGCCAAACAGCAUUUGCUGUGUUCCAGUCUGAAGGGCGUGGAUGCCAGUGUAAUAACAGGCACAUUAACGCCUCAGGUUGGAGGAAGUUUUUAGUUAAUAGAAUAGUUAAACUGAACAGCAAUAAAUAAAAGACUUGUUUUAUUA